CUAUCCCACCCCCGCUCGAUCGCCCCAUCACUAGAGGACAUAAGCGGCAGCUGGAGGGACUUGUCGGCCGCCGGUUCUGGCGCUCACUGCCCCGCUCUGUCCGUCGGUGUCGCCCGCCGCCUGAGUCAACGUUUGCUGAAAGAAAGACGAUGGAACCGCGCCCAGAGCCGGGUGCAUCUUACACGGCCUGCAGUUGAAAAUGAGUCAUCGUCUUAAAUAGAAUUCGCCUGUCGUCUCCCUGGUUUACGAUUAAUACUUCAAAAUGUUUGCAAAGGCAACCAGCAGCUUUGUAAAGCAGAUUGACAGCAACGGUGACUUGAUUCCAGUCAGCAGCCUGAAUGAUUCUGAUAAGCUGCAACUUUUGAGCUUGGUCACCAAGAAGAAGAAGGGAUGGUUCUGGCAGAAGCCAAAAUAUCGCCCUUCUUCAUUUACCCUCCAAGAGAUAUUGACUGGUGAUGCACUCAUCAAACCUGCUGUCACUGACUCCGUCUUUCUCAAGUAUGAAGGAAAAUUUGGAGACAAGGAUGAGGCAAGUGCAGAAACUCAGUUUGCCCAUUUAAGCUUCAGCCUGGAAGGUCAAGAUACGGUUGAACUAGAAUCUUCAUUUGGAAACCUGAAGAAACAGGAAUUUGAUUUGCAGCAGCUUUUGAAAGUAACUGAGAAAAGGACUAUACAUUUGAAUCACCCCUUUGUCCAACAAGUUUGUGAGAAAAGAAAUGAAAUUCUCUGUCUAGUAAAUGAAAAGGUUAUCACAUCCCAAAAAUGUUCUAUUUCCGAACACACCCAGAUUGAAGAAAAGUGUGGUGGCACAAUGGGACUCAAAACAAAAAUAUUAAAGGUUUCAGUUGACGACAAUGGUUCUAUAACUAAGGACGCUGAUGUUGUGUUGGAGAUCCCACCUUGCACUGUCAUUGCGUACAGCGUUACAGAGCUUUUGAUAAACCAGAACGGGCACUUUGAGCUCUGCCUGCUUUCAGAGAAAUGUGGAGGUUUUGAUAAAGCCCUUCUAGGGAAAAAUAAAGGAGGUUGUGCAAGUACUGUAUGUUCUCCUUUAAGCUGUGUUGAUGGAGCCCAUAAAUGCCAGCCGUCUGCACUUGAGAUGGAUGUCCCAAGUGAAACUUCACUCAUAAUUUUAAAACCAGCAAUUGAAGAGGCGAAUCAACAGUUUCAGCCAUUCCAUGAACUUGCAGAGGAAAAGUGUCAGCAACUCUUCAGACUUUACUGUGAAUUCUUGUAUCAUGAAGAAGUGAUUUCUUUUCUUGAAAAUGCUCUUGAUGAGCUUUCUUCAGCAGAACAGCCAAAUCUGCUUGGACUACAGGAACUGGAUUCAACGCAAGCACAGAGGGUCAAGGAACUGCUGCAGAUGUUAGGCUACAGCUGCCCAAAUGAAGAGGGCUCUUUGAAAAAAGAUAUCACAACACCAGAGAUAUUAACAGCAGCAUUCUACCUUGUCAGUGCUCUAGCUGGAAUGUCUGAAGAAAGUCUUGCAGUCUUGGGUAUUUGCUGUGAAACUCAAAUUCUUCCAACUUUGCAUUAUUUGAUUAAUAAUGUCCCUGAUGAUGGAAUUGUUCCUGUUGAUAAUCCAAACAUGCUGCCCCUGCAAGAAGAGGACAACUUCUACAUAGCUCACCGGCUAUUUGCAUUAUCAAAUAUUUGCCUUGAAGUCAGAGAAACAGCAAUCAAAGUUAUAACCGAUGAUCAACCUGGUAUGGCUCCUGUGCUUCUCUGCAUAGUUCUGCAAGGAUUUGCCAUCCUGAGUGGAAUCAAAAGGAAUACGAGUGAUCCAAAGACGCAGACUUGAAAAACAUUUAAGAGGAGCUUCACCACAUUUAAUAAUUUAGGGACAUUCAAUAUAGUUGAGGCAUUCUUUGGAUAACUUGGAUAUGAUUAAUAUUCAAGGGGUAGAUGAAAGGAUUACAGUAGUCCUGAAUUAUAAUUGAGAUGCACAUUAUAUACAGUUCAUAAUAUUUUCAUCCUUCAGGAAAUUGUAGAAGAGUAAUGUUUAGUUUGAUGUGAAAAGAUUAGGAAUUGUGGAUGAGUGUUGUAGAAUUGUCAGCAAGGAAAAGCAUCUUGAAUGGGAAAACUAUGUUGAUUUAUGACAAGAAAUUAGUUUAGAAUUGUCUGGCAUGAAAUUCCAUGUGCUUUGCUCCACAUUCAAACAUUCAGAGCAUUGGCUUUCUCACAGAUUUCCGAGAAAUCUAAGCUUGGACCAAUAUAAUCUUUAGUUGAAAAUCUUAAAGGUUAAUCAUCUGAAUAUUCCAUGUUAAGAUUCAGCUAAAACAAAACUCAAUUCUAUUUUUAGAUGUAAUUUUAUUAGAAAAAAGUGUAUUUACUAAUGUGGAUUUCUAUGAAAUGUUUAGUAGAAUUUACAAGUAAAGAUUCAUUUGCUAUUAUGAAUAAUGCAUGUUAUACUCUAAAAUCUGUUAAUUUUAUUAAAGCACUAAUUUUGACAUCUCAAAUAUUAAUUUGUUAACUAUGACAAUAAAAGCUAUAAUUUUGAA